CCUGCGUCGUCCAACACAUGUAAGCGGACAGUCGAAUUGAAGAAGAAUCUGCAGAAACCCACCUUCAUUAGAAAGAGAACGGACUCCCUCUGGAAGAAUGGAUAAUAACCGGACAAAAACGGAGAAAUCGCAACUCAUUCAUGACAAAAAUGCUCAAAUGGAUUCAUUGAAAUCGAAGGGCACGUUUCCAGACUCCAAAGGGGUACACCCUAGUACCCAGAAUGGAGGGAUGGCCGGCACCGUCGAGCUCCAGAGACCAGUUGGUUUACAUUGCCAUGGCAACAAGGCCAUGGAGUCUGAGGAGAGGGGGGACAAGGUACUGGCCGUGAAGAAGCUCUGUAUAGCCUCCGCUGUGUGCCUGGUCUUCAUGAUCGGAGAGGUCAUAGGAGGUUACCUGGCCCACAGCCUGGCCAUCAUGACAGACGCCGCCCACCUGCUGACGGACCUGGGGAGCAUGAUGGUCAGCCUGUUCUCCCUGUGGAUCUCGUCCAGACCUCCCACAAAGACCAUGAGCUUCGGCUGGCACAGAUCAGAGAUCCUGGGGGCCCUGGUGUCCGUCAUGUCCAUCUGGAUCGUGACGGGAGUCCUGGUGUACCUCGCCAUCGAGAGGAUCAUACGCAACGACUACGAGAUCAACGGCCACGUGAUGCUGCUAACCUCUGGCGGCGCCGUCAUCGUCAACAUCUUCAUGGCUUAUAUUCUGCACCACUCCACUACCUUCCACGGCCACGGAGAAGGUUACCACCAGCUAGAUGACAGCGGUGGGAGUUCCACAGCUCACGGCCACUCCCACACACUGCUCGGUGGUCAUGACAACACCAGUGUGCGCGCAGCAUUCAUCCAUGUGGUCGGGGAUCUGCUGCAGAGUGUCGGGGUCAUGGUUGCCGCCCUCGUCAUCUUCUUCCGGCCUGAAUAUAAGAUAGCAGACCCAAUCUGCACCUUCCUGUUCUCCGUCUUCGUCCUCGGGACCACCCUCACCAUCCUCAAGGACGUGUUCAGGAUCCUCAUGGAGGGGGCUCCCAAGGGGGUUGAGUUCAGCUCAGUGAAGGAGGUGCUGCUGUCCCUGGAGGCUGUAAAGGCUGCACACUGCCUCCAUCUGUGGGCCCUUACUCUGGGCCGCUCCCUGGUGUCUGUCCACCUCGCCGUAGGCGAGGGGGCGGACCCCCACCUGGUGCUGACGGAGGCCACAGAGCUGCUGAGGACCAAGUUCGGCUUCACCAGCGUCACCAUCCAGGUGGAGCCCUACUCCACAGACAUGGACCACUGCGCCCACUGCCAGGACCCCACCACCUGA